GCCUUUGUCCGACUGGGACCACAAGCUCUUAUCUCAGCACUUUACCGCAGCGUAUUGCUGGUUGUUCGAUGAACUUUGAACUGAGCCCAUAUUCAGAGACGGACAAAGCGCCAAGAUAUCUUUCUCUACAUCGCUAAGAAUUAGGCGCAAGUUUAACACGAACAAUGGGAGCGACUACUCAGUUUUUUAUUUUUAUUUCUUUUAUAAUAUGGAUCGGACUUGCAUCACAGUUAACAGAAGACGAUCAUGCUAACCCAGUUGUGUCCGUAGAAAACGGCCGCUUAAAAGGCAGCGUGUCGCGAGUGAAGGGGACUGAGCGGCUUGUCCACGAAUACCUCGGGAUCCCCUUUGCCAAACCCCCGCUGGGAUCGUUGAGGCUAUCCGCCCCGGAGCCCCCGGAGCCGUGGACUGGAGUCCGAGAUGCCACUCGUCACCCUGCCAUUUGUAUCCAAAAUGUGGACUUUAUAGAAAAGUUUUUGGAGGAGGUGAAGCUAACAUUACAGAUCCCUGUUGUUUCUGAAGAUUGUUUGUACUUAAACAUCUACACCCCCGCAGAAUCCAACAAGGAGUCAAGAUUACCAGUAAUGGUGUGGAUUCAUGGAGGUGGAUUAAUGAUGGGCGCAGCCACCAUUUAUGAUGGCUCAGCACUUGCUGCGUAUGAGAAUGUGGUGGUGGUGGUGAUCCAGUAUAGGCUGGGAAUUUUAGGAUUUCUGAGCACUGGUGAUGACCAUUGUCGUGGAAACUGGGGCCUCCUAGACCAAAUAGCAGCUCUACAGUGGGUUCAAAGGAAUAUUAAGACUUUUGGAGGAGACCCAGACUCUGUGACCAUUUUUGGAGAAUCGGCAGGAGGAUGCAGUGUAUCGGCUCUUGUAUGUACAUAUAUAAUUCUAACUAUAUGUGAUAUUGCCUUUUUUCCUCCUGGCUGGCAAGAGGGAAUUGAGAAAGAUGUGGCAGUUUCACUCCUGAAUAAAAUUUUCCCAGCUGGAAUUAAAAAUGAAAAUGAAUAUAUUUUUAAUGAAUAUGUUGGCAACAUCACUGAUCCUACAUUAGUUCGAGACCUGCUCACUCAAAUAAGUGGAGAUAUUUUAAUGGUGAAGCCGACUAUUAUUGCAGCUAAUGCUCACAGAGAUGCUGGUUCACCAGUAUACUUGUAUGAGUUUCAGCAUCGGCCAACCUUGUAUGGAGAUACAAGACCCAGUUUUGUGAAAUCAGAUCAUGUUGAUGACAUUGGAUUCGUUUUUGGUUCAUGCUUCUGGAAUGGACACAUUAAGCUGCUUGGUAAUCUAACUGAGGAAGAGAAUCAACUAUGUCGAACAAUUAUGGCAUACUGGGCUAAUUUUGCUCGAAAUGGGAAUCCUAAUGGAGAUGGGCUGGAAUCAUGGCCACUGUAUAAUGAUGGUGAACAGUACAUGGCUCUCAACUUAAAGCAGAGUAGCGGAAGAGGACUGAAAAAAGAAAAAAUGACUUUCUUGAUGGAAAAACUGCCUGAAUUAAUGAAAGAACACAGUAAAAACACCGAAGUUCACAUGGAUCUAUAAUGAAGAGAAAAAAAGCAGGGUGCACUUCAAUAUCACUAAAUAUCUGGAGAGAAAAAAAGUUAAAAAUGCAAUUUUCAUAUACUGUAGUAACUUUUUAAAGUAUAAUUUUUAUUUGAUACAUUUGGGAUUUUAAAAAAGACAAAAUUUUUAUUGUCUAUCAUGUUUCUGCUAUUAAUAGUUAUAUUCAUUCUGCACGUCUUGGUACUACGGCCUUCAGCAGAAUGAGUAUGCUAAUUUCAGAUUCAAGCUGGCUCAGUCUAGUUCUCAGGAAAUGUCUUCAGCCAGUCAUAUAUUGUAGUUAUGUAUGAAUUAAAAAGUUUAAGGCAUCUAAAAUUAAAAAAUAUAUAAUUGAACCUCCCAGGUAAAAGGCUACAGAUUGAGCAGAAACUGAAAAAAGAAUGGGAAUGGGUUGAAAUAAAUAACCAUGCAUUAUGAAAAAAGACCCGGUUGUCCAAAAGAUAUGCUGGCUUUGUAAAUAAAAUAAUUAUGUUAGAGAUUACUUACACAAAAAUAUUGACUUGACAUCUGAAGUAAAAUGUCUUCCAAAAACACUGUUAUUUCCAUUUCACAAUAAUUCCCUCAUUUAUCAAAAAAGUGCAUUAAAGAUACCCCCCUGUUUAGCAAUA